UGUAGUAUAAGCUGAUCGCGAAAACAGAUGACUACAGAAGUUUCAGUUUUGGAAAACACGUGAUGCUGUCUUAAUUUACGUCAAUGAAUAGUUGUUUACUUAUGAAUGUUUUUUUUUGUUAUUGAUGUUACAACUAUAGUUAGAGUUUGUUGACUACAAGGCUGUUAGAAUACUUUCACUUCAUAGUUAUCACAAUCCUUAUCAAUAGAAAAACACACUCUCAGAACAACGAAGUCCCGCAGAUUACUUUCAGCUGUCGAAGGAAUCAUUCAGUAAAUCGUUGAUAGUUUGGACGAAUUAAUUAAAAGAUGUCCACAUUCAACCCGGAAUUUUGUGGCUACCGCUCGCCGCUCAGUACUCGAUAUGCCAGUAAAGAAAUGCAAUAUCUGUUCAGUGAGCAGAAUAAGUUCUCAACCUGGAGAAAGCUAUGGAUCAUUUUAGCUAAAGCUCAGAAGGAACUUGGCCUUGACAUUAGCGAUGCUCAGAUCAUCGAAAUGGAAGCUCACGUUGAAGACAUUGACUUCAAAGCGGCUGCUGAUGAGGAAAAACUAACCCGUCACGAUGUGAUGGCCCAUGUACACGUGUUUGCCAAGCAGUGUCCUCUUGCGGCCCCUAUAAUUCACCUGGGAGCAACAUCCUGCUAUGUUGGAGAUAAUACCGAUCUGUUGGUACUGCAAGGUGGAUUGCGUCUUCUGUUACCGAAAUUAGUAGGAGUGAUCAAACGUCUGUCGGAGUUUGCGGUUGAAUAUCGAGAUUUGCCCACCCUGGGCUUUACUCACCUGCAACCAGCUCAACUGACGACCGUUGGUAAACGAUGCUCUCUCUGGAUUCAGGAUCUUCUGAUGGACGAGAGGGCGUUGAAAAGUUGUCUGGACAAUUUGCGUUUUCGUGGUGUCAAAGGAACGACCGGAACUCAGGCUUCCUUCCUACAGCUGUUCAACGGCGAUGGCGAAAAGGUUAAAUUGCUCGAUAAAAAAGUGACUGUUCUGGCUGGUUUCAAACGUUAUUAUGCUGUCACCGGACAGACUUAUUCAAGGAAAGUCGAUCUUGAAAUCGUCUCUGCUCUGUCCAGUUUGGGCGCAACGAUUCACAAAAUGUGUUCGGACCUGCGACUGCUAGCGUCUCGUAAGGAAAUCGAAGAACCAUUCGAGCAGACUCAAAUAGGCAGUUCGGCUAUGGCCUAUAAACGCAAUCCGAUGCGUUCCGAGCGAUGUUGUGCAAUAGCGAGACAUUUGAUAACUCUGCACGCCAAUGCCGCUAACACGCUGGCCGUUCAAUGGUUGGAACGCACACUGGACGACUCUGCCAACCGUCGUUUAACACUGUCCGAGGCUUUCCUGUCGGCAGAUGCCUGUUUGCUGACACUGCUGAACAUUUCACAGGGUCUGGUCGUGUACCCGAAGGUGAUCGCCCGAAACAUUGCCCAGGAAUUGCCAUUCAUGUCAACCGAGAACGUGAUUAUGGCCAUGGUGAAGGCCGGUGGUGACCGACAAGUUUGCCAUGAAAAAAUUCGCGUUCUGUCGCACGAAGCCGGGGCGCAGGUGAAGCAGCACGGGCGCGACAACGAUCUGGUGGAACGCAUCAAAGCGGACGCUUACUUUGCGCCGAUUCUUGGUGAUUUGGAAGCGAUUCUAGAUCCGAAAACAUUCACCGGUCGGGCUGCCGAUCAGGUGGUGGAGUUCGUGCGCGAUGAGGUGGAUCCAGUGCUCGCUAAUUAUGGCAGUAAUAUUGAGAGCAAAUCGGUUGGAUUGGCUAUUUAGAUGAUAUGGUUUGAAAAGUUUAUGCAUUUAUGAAAUGUGAAUAAUAAAAUGUUUUUGAAACAUGAUUUGAUUACACA